CACUCGGUCCACUCCUAGACGAGUAGAAAAAGAAUCAUAUCACCCUGUGUUUUUCAAGAAAAGACCAGACAGGAAAGAGAACCCAAACGUCCAUUUCCAAGCUGAAAUCACAGGCACAAGCACAAAGCUGCAAAGUUUUGAGAUCCCAUUACUUGGUUUUUAUUUGUGUGGUUUAUGAGUUGAAAGUCUUAUGGAAGGCACAUUGGGACAGCUAAAGAUAACGAUUGUACGAGGGAAAAAGCUAGUAAUCCGGGACUUCAAGAGCAGUGAUCCUUAUGUCAUUCUCAAGCUUGGAAAUCAGACUGCAAAGACGAAGGUCAUAAACAGCUGCCUAAAUCCUGUUUGGAAUGAAGACUUCAGUUUCUCUUUAUCUGAACCUGCUGGAGUUCUGAAACUGCAAGUGUUUGAUAAGGACCGCUUCAAGGCCGAUGAUAAGAUGGGUCAUGCCCAUCUUAACCUUCAGCCAUUGAUGGCCGCUGCAAGAUUGAGGCAAAUUGUUGGAAUUUCUUCUGAAGGGUCGAUCUUGAGGAAGGCCAUACCUGAAAGUGACAAUUGUCUGGCAGCAGAUAGCUCUAUUCUCUGGGUCAACGGUGAGGUCGUGCAAGAUGUUUGGUUGAGGCUCCGCGAUGUGGAAUCCGGGGAGAUAGAGUUGAAAGUCAAGUUAACAAAUCUUCCCGUUCCUCCAUCAAAGUAGAGUGGAGUUUAUGUCAUUCUGGCAAGUUGUAGUUUCUCUUGUGCAUCUCUCUCUCUCUGUUAUUUUAUUUUAUUUUUUUAAAAAUUUUAUUUAAAGCAAUGGAUUGAUGUAAUGUAUUUGUUAGCUAUCCUGACCAUGAAAAGAAUGUUGUGUUGUAAGUUGUAUAUAUAGAGAACAUUGGGCAUUGUGUUACAGCUAAGUUUAUCAGUAAACACCUUGAAAAUGAAUAUUCUGCAGCUUCAGUGGAACUGUGGAACCCUAA